UCCCUGCGGUGUACCCCAUGACGAUUUAGUUUUUGUACAGUCACAAGUUGUUUUCUCUUCAUCAAUAUGUCGGUUAUUUGCAGUUGGAUUGCUUGUUUCAUUUCGUUCGUUGUUUUUCGUGUUGAUCUGCUGAAAGCAGACAUAUUUGUCCACGAACAAAACCUUCACAAUGAACUAAUGCAAAAUUACGUCCGGGUAGUUCGGCCUAUAACUGAUCUAAGUAACCCAGUCCAUGUACAACUCAUGUUCACAUUGAUGAGAGUGGAUGAACUCGAUGCAACUAAAGAAACGAUGACAUCAACAUUUAUGUUAUUCCAGUUUUGGAAAGACCCUCGCUUGUCCUGGGACACCACAAAGUACGGAAAUAUUACCUCCAUCCGAAUGCAAGAAGAUAGCAUUUGGCUGCCUGACAUAGAAAUAGAGAACUUAGCUCCAGGAUCAUCUUGGUCAUCUCGACCUUUACCUGUGAUCAGGUAUGAUGGAUCAAUAAUAUAUGUACCACAUAAAACAGCCGCCACGUAUUGUUCUAUGGACUUGACACUGUUUCCGUUCGAUACCCAAACAUGCAAGAUCACCUUCGUACCAUGGACUCACAAUUCACUUGAUAUGAAAUUAGGAUUGUACGGUUUCGACUAUAACGCAACAGGAGAAAUGGAAAUAAGUAUAGAGAACCAUCACGAUUUUCAGUGGGAAAUUUUGAGUGGAACAGCAGUUAUCAAAAGCUUGGUAUAUUCCUGCUGUCCAGAACAAUACCAGAAAUUUGAAGUGACGAUUAAGAUGAGGAGAAGAACGAACUUCUACCGUUAUGUCGUUAGUUGGCCAUCAGUUGUUGCCUGUUUUCUAGUGCCUUUUCUUUUCGCCAUACCUUCAAAUACGCCUCAGAAAAUUACUUAUGGUCUUGGACUGAUGGUGUUUGAAUCCCUAAUCAUUUUGAUUUUCGUCCAGACAAAUGCUUUUGAUCACAAAACAGUUCCAAACCUUGCUAUUUUCCACUUGAUUACUUUGAUUCUAACUUCAACGAGUCUUCUUCUUGCCACAUUCACUGUAUCGAUGUGUGAUAGUUCCGGGAAAAGGAAUCCAGUGCCUGCAUGGUUGCAAAGGCUUGCUUUAAAUGAUAGUUGUUUGCGAUGGGUGUUGUGUCUCGGACACUAUGGCCACACCUUCAAAUACUCCAAUGGAGGUGGAGGUCUUUUAGAAGACCCAGCGAUACACGAAUUUUCACAGAAUGUCCCGGAAAUGCAAACAAUGUCUGGAAACGACGUGAUGAGGGACUUAUCCGAGUCCGUCCGUAUGAUAACCGACAAGAUGACUUCUGACGAAGCUUCUGCUAAGGUCAUCCUGGACUGGAGAGAAGUGGGCAGACUGGUGGAUCGAGUUUUAGGAUGCAUUUGUUUUCUAACCGUUCUUAUCUUAUUGAUGUGGUCAAUACGUAUUUGGUCUGGUUGAUGCAAAGUCGGUGUAAAUCCUGAAAAUCUUAACCGAGUGCCAAUAGUUGUUGUACAGAACAUGCAUCUACGUGAAUAUGAUAUAAAAUCUAUCAUUUCUAUAUAUGUAGCUUUGAACUUCUUUAAAAUGCACAAAUGGAACUGUAUGCAGUAUUUGUGUUAAUCCGUACAAUUUAAAGGAUCAAAUUAUUAAAUCAGGAUUUCAGAUUGCCAUGCAUUAAUCAGAUUAAUGUUGAUGUUGUACAUCAGUGCAAAUUGAAAAUAAUACGAAUGUAGAUGUACUCAAAUAAAGUGAAUUUUCUCUUA